UCAAAGGCUGUAAUUCCUUGUUCUUUUGCAUUUGACGCACAUUCCUAAGCUCGUAUGUGUAGAUACUGCAAGAACUAUCAGUCUUUUACCGCUAGUUUUCUGUGUUGUGUUGUGUUUUUGGACGGCGGUAUUAUAUUCUAAUAGAUACUCGCGUUGAAGAUGGAUCCAAAGAAGGAAAUAUUUCACACGUUCGGGAUUUGUGUCCUCCUCUUUUGGUUUCAUGCCGCCCAUGGAGACAUGAGCUAUUCUUUUCCAGAAGAAAUGAAACGCGGAUCGGUUAUAGGAAAUAUAGCCAAAGAUCUUGGCCUGAAGAUGAGUGCAUUGAUCCAAAGGAAAGCCCGCAUUGAUACCGACGGCACCGAUAACCGGUACUGUGACGUGAACGUGGAAAACGGAGAGCUGACUGUAGCCGACAGGAUUGACCGAGAGGGGCUUUGUGGAGAAAAGGCUUCGUGUAUCCUGAAGCAAGAGCUUGUGCUGGAGAAUCCUCUGGAGCUCCACCGCAUUAGCCUACACAUUCAAGACAUUAAUGAUAAUUCGCCGCAGUUUAAUGAUGACAAGAUAGAUCUAGAAAUAAGAGAAUCCACAGACAGAGGUGCUCGUUUCGUGAUAGAGGAGGCGCACGAUGCUGAUGUUGGGCAAAAUUCCGUGCAGCAAUAUAGUCUUAAAAAGAAUGAGAAUUUCGUUUUGGUCGUUAAUGGAAACACUGUAGAGCUUGUUCUGGAUAAAGAGCUGGAUCGAGAAAAACAGCAGGAAAUUAAUUUGGUGCUUACAGCUCUAGAUGGUGGCUCUCCUCAGAGAUCAGGUACAGUGGUCAUACAUGUCAAUGUACUGGAUGCUAAUGAUAACAGCCCAGUGUUUAGUCAGUCCGUUUAUAAAGCCAGUCUGCCUGAAAACUCUCCUCUAGAUACUGUAGUGGUCACAGUGAGUGCAACUGAUGCAGAUGAAGGAGUCAAUGGAGAUGUGAGUUAUGACUUUGGUCAUGUAACUGAUGAGGUGAAGAAAUUAUUUUCUAUUGACCGAAAAGUGGGGGAGAUAAAAGUAACUAGUAAUGUUGACUAUGAAACUACCAGAUCAUUUGAAAUACGAGUUAAAGCUAAAGAUGGAUUAGGCUUAUCGUCAUAUGCGAAGGUGGUCAUUUCUGUCACUGAUAUUAAUGAUAAUUCUCCUGUGAUCAGUUUAAAAUCUCUGUCUAGUCCCAUAUCAGAAGACACCCCUCCUGGUACAGAGGUGGGCAUCAUUAAUGUACAGGAUAGAGACUCAGAAAGGAACAGACAGGUCCGCUGUUCCAUUCAGCAAGGUGUCCCUUUUAAGUUAAUUCCUUCUAUUAAAAACUACUAUUCUCUGGUGACCACAGAACAACUGGACCGUGAACUAGUGUCUGAUUACAACAUUACAAUCACUGCCACUGACGAGGGCUCUCCACCUCUGUCCUCCUCUAAAACUGUUCAGUUAUCUGUGGCUGACAUCAAUGACAACCCACCUGUGUUUGAGGAGCAGUCCUACAGCGCAUAUGUGACUGAAAAUAACAAACCUGGCUCCACUUUAUGUUCCAUUACUGCUCGAGACCCCGACUGGAGACAAAACGGUACAGUGAUUUAUUCUCUGUUACCUGGUGAGGUGAACGGUGCCCCGGUGUCCUCCUAUCUGUCUGUGAAUGGAGACACGGGAGUGAUCCACACUGUGAGGUCAUUUGACUAUGAACAGUUUAAGAGUUUUAAAGUCCACGUGAUGGCCAGAGAUAACGGUUCUCCUCCGCUCAGCAGCAACGUGACAGUCAGUGUGUUUGUAUCUGAUGUGAAUGACAACUCUCCUCAGAUACUGUACCCCACCCCGGAGGGAAACUCCUUCAUGACUGAGCUGGUCCCCAAAGCUGCCCAUGGAGGCUCUCUGGUGUCCAAAGUGAUAGCUGUGGACGCGGACUCCGGACAGAACGCCUGGCUCUCCUAUCAAAUAGUCAAAUCCACUGAUCCUGGCCUUUUUACUAUUGGACUCCACAGUGGAGAGAUCAGGACACAGCGGGACAUUUCUGAAUCUGACAACAUGAAACAGAACCUUAUUGUGUCAGUGAAAGAUAACGGACAGCCUCCUCUCUCUGCCACCUGUGCCAUGUAUUUACUUAUUUCUGAUAACUUGGCUGAGGUUCCAGAAUUGAAGGACAUUUCUUAUGAUGAGAAGAAUUCAAAAUUGACCUCUUAUCUGAUAAUCGCUCUGGUAUCUGUGUCAACAUUCUUCUUAACCUUCAUCAUCAUCCUCCUAGGUGUGAAGUUUUGUCACAGGGGAAAGCCCAGACUGUUGUUUGAUGGAGCUGUUGCAAUUCCCAGUGGUUAUCUUCCUCCUAAUUACGCAGAUGUUGAUGGAACAGGAACUUUACGCAGCACUUACAAUUAUGACGCCUAUAUGACAACAGGAUCCAGAACCAGUGACUUUAAAUUUGUGUCAUCUUACAAUGACAACACUCUGCCUGCUGAUCAAACUCUGAGGAAAUGUUCUAUGAACUUUGACGGUUCAUGUGGAGAUUCUGAUGGAUCUCCUGAGGUAUGCACUAUUUACAUUUAA